AGCUUCACUUUCAGCCAAAAGUUCAUCAACAUCCUUCUUCUUCUUUUUCUUCUUUUUUGUUUUCGAGAAAUCCAUAUCAAGGUCAAAAUUGUCAUCAACCACUCCUUCAUCUUGGGCUGCCUCUGCUUCUGCAGAUCCUUCAUCUUUUGACUUCGAACCCAUAUCAGGUAGUGCUCCAUCUAAGUCUUCCAUGUUAAAAGGCUUCUUUUUCUUCUUUUUCUUUUUGCUACAGUUUUCAAAAUCAAAGUUGGUAUCAUCCAUAUCAACAUCUUUGCUCUCAUUUUUCUCAUUCUUCUCGUUUUCCGUUUUCACUGGUUCUUGGUUUUCUUUAUCACCUGCACCAACAGAUUCAGAAUUUUCAUUAGCUUCUGUGCCACCUUCUGCCAAAGCUGCAUCAAUGUCAAAAGCUGUCUUCUUCUUCUUUCUCUUCUUCUUCAUUAAAGGAUCAAAUAUUGCCUCUUCUUCCGUCAUUUUAGUAGAAAACGCCAAGUAUCACUGAUGAAAUACGUGGAAAGGCUCCUUCACGUGCUCGACUCAAAUUUAGACGUCAAAAUGAUCGUUCAUCUGCCACAAAUUCACUCCUUCCGUGUUGCCUGCCGUAUUGCAUCAGCUCUUGCUGGCUGGUUGUUUCCCUCACCCCGUCGCCACAUGGGAAGGAUCAAAGGCCGCAUUUGGAAUGGCAUGCUAUCUUGUGGAAAACUUGAGGACUAUGGAAAAAGGAGUCACGUUUGUGCGUGUUGCUCCUGUGCGCUCUUGUGGAUGCCUGUGGAUCAGCUGUCAGCGUUGUCAAGUUAUUUCGAAAAUGUGAUGUGAUGUGAUGUGCAUCUUUUUAAGCUGAAAUUUUUUGUCCACGUAUGUGCUUCUUUCUUUGUGAAACCAUGAACGUCUUUACGCGUUAUUCAUGUUUUCCCUCAGCUUGUUGUGGAUGUUUUUGUGGCGUUUUGAAUUUAUAAUAAUUUGAUGACAUUCUUAAGUGUUCAACAUAUAUCAUCAUGCCAAGGUGGGGAUUGCCAAAUGGAGUACCUCCUUCUGGAGGUUUCAUUCCUGAAAUGGAACAGAUUAUUAGUCAACUUGAAAGGGGUACAGUUGUUACAAAAUUCUAUCCACGAAAAAGGCCUGAAAGAAAAACACUUAUGAUUAGAAGAGAAACUAGACAAAUAGUUUGGUCUAGAGCUAACACAGGUCGUGCUUUUGAAGGCGCAGUUGAUCUGUGGGAAGUCAAGGAAAUUCGUCCAGGGAAAAAUUCCAAAGAUUUUGAACGUUGGUCUGAUGAUGCCAAAAAAAUGGAAAGUAUGAAAUGUUUUGUAGUGUUUUAUGGUCUAGAGUUCCGUCUUAAAACAUUGUCUGUUGCAGCUCUUUCAGAAAAGGAAUGUGAACUUUGGAGGCGAGGUCUUAAAUAUCUAGUUACUGAUACUUUAAAUGCUCCAUAUCCUUUACAAGUUGAAAGAUGGCUGAGGAAGGAAUUUUAUAACAUGGAAAAUAGCAGAGAAAUGGUGACUUUGAAAGAUAUAAAGGCUUUUUUGCCUCGUGUUAAUUGUAAAAUACCUAUGAAUAAAUUGAGAGAAAUGUUCCAAGAUGUUGAUGUAAGAAAAAGAGGAGAGCUAGGAUUUGAUGACUUUGCUACUCUGUACCACAAACUUAUGUUUGAUGAAAAUACAUUUCGAGAAAGUUUUGAUGUACAUGCUCAAUAUUCAGAAAAUGGAGAAACUGUGACAUUACAAGAAUUUCAAAGCUUUCUUGUGCAAGAGCAGCAGGAUCCAAUGGGGAAUGAUGAGCGUGAAGUGUCACGCUUUAUGCGAGAUUUCCUUCAAGACUCUCAAAGAAAUGUUCAAGAACCAUAUUUUACAACUAUGGAAUUUAUGGACUAUCUCUUCUCCAAGCAGAAUGAGAUUUGGGACCAUCGAUACGAUCAGGUGGUAUACCAGGAUAUGGCACGGCCAUUAGCUCAUUAUUGGAUUGCAUCAUCCCAUAAUACGUACUUGACUGGAGACCAGUUUUCGAGUGAAUCAUCUGUGGAAGCAUAUGUUCGUUGUCUCCGAAUGGGAUGUCGGUGUAUUGAAUUGGAUUGUUGGGAUGGUCCUGAUGGAAUGCCAUUCAUCUAUCAUGGACACACACUCACUACUAAAAUUCGUUUUAUGGAUGUUAUCCGCACAAUAAAAGAACAUGCAUUUGACACAUCAGAGUAUCCCGUGAUCCUAUCUAUUGAGGAUAAUUGUUCUCUACCUCAGCAACGUAAAAUGGCACAAGCUAUGCAGGAAGUAUUUGGAGAUAUGUUGUUAGUGGCUCCUGUGGAGAGAAACGAAACAAAAUUACCCUCUCCUCAUCAGUUGAAACACAAGAUUCUUCUGAAGCACAAAAAAUUACCCGAGGGUGUGGAUGAAGAUCAUUUUUUGGGUCACAGUGAAGAAGGUGUCGACAUGGAUCUGCGAAAUACCGUGAAAAACGGAAUAAUGUACCUUGAAGAUGCAGUGGAUAAACAGUGGAAUAAGCACUUCUUUGUGCUGACACGCAAUAAACUAUUUUAUACGGACACUUUUAACAACAGUGCAGAAGCGGAGGCAGAAGAGGAAGAGGAGGAGGAGGCAGCUUUCCAUCGACCAAAGGAGGGAGUACCCAAUGAUGAAUUGCACUUCAGUGAAAGGUGGUUUCAUGGAAAAUUGGUUGGUGGCCGAGCAGAAGCAGAAGAAUUGCUACGCAAAUACUCCUCCCUGGGAGAUGGAACUUUCCUUGUGCGUGAGAGUGAAACAUUUGUGGGUGACUAUUCCCUGUCGUUCUGGAGGCAAGGCAAAGUUAAUCACUGUCGCAUUCGGUCCAAACAAGAGAAUGGACAAACUAAAUAUUUUCUUAUCGAAACAAACUUAUUUGACAGUUUAUACAGCCUUAUAACACACUACAGAUCACAUCCUCUUCGUAGCCAGGAGUUCCUGAUAAUGCUGCAAGAGCCCGUUCCUCAGCCCAACAAACACGAAGGCAAGGAAUGGUACCACCCUACAGCCACCCGCAUGCAGGCUGAGGACAUGUUGCGCAAAGUGCCUUCUGAUGGGGCGUUCUUGGUGCGACCGUCAGAGAAAGAAUCGUACAAUUAUGCCAUCUCUUUUCGUGCAGAGAAGAAGAUCAAACAUUGUCGAAUAAAGCUGGAGGGUCGCCUCUAUAUUAUUGGCACUGUGCAAUUUGAGUCUCUUGUUGAACUAGUCAGUUACUACGAACGCCACCCGUUGUAUCGUAAGGUGAAGCUUACUUAUCCUAUCAAUGACGAAGUUAUCCGACGCAUUGGCCAGGAGCCUGAGGACAAUGCUGUAUGCGAGUCUUCCAUGUACAUGGAGCCUAGUACUGUAACUUCUAAGACCACUGUGAAGGCUCUGUACGACUAUCAAGCCCGGCAGGAAGACGAGUUGUCUUUUUGCAAACAUGCAAUCAUCACUAACGUGAGUAAAGAAGAAGGAGGGUGGUGGAGAGGAGACUAUGGAGGCAAAAAACUUCACUGGUUUCCUUGCAACUAUGUGGAAGAAGUUGAACCCCAAGACAAUCGGGAGGACAGUUCAUCUGACUCACUGUUGCUGGGUUCACUGCAAAAAGGCAGCUUGGAUAUGAUGGGAGCUGUGGUUGAAUUGCUAGUGGGACCCCAUGGUUUAGAUUGGGUUCUUCGCAUCCAUAAUGCAGACACAUGCAUAACAUUUGAUGCAGCUGUGUCAAAUCAAAGGGAUGCUCUGGAGUGGAUGGAGGCAAUUAAGGAAACCGCUCAAAAUGCAACCGUGAGGGAUACUAGACAUAGAGAAAUGGAAAAUAAAUGCCGUGUGGCAAAACAAAUGAGCAAUCUAAUUAUUUAUUGCCGUGCUGUACCUUUCAACAUGGACAAUAUUAACCAGAAUGGUUUCAACCACACUGAAAUGUCUUCUUUUCCUGAAACCAAAGCAGAAAAAUUUAUUUGUCAGCAGCUGAACAAGUUUUUCUUGAAAUACCAUCAGGUUCAGUUCAGUCGAGUAUAUCCAAAAGGACAGCGAAUUGACUCCUCCAACUACAAUCCAGUCCCCAUGUGGAACUCAGGGAGUCAGAUGGUGGCCUUAAACUAUCAAACAGCUGACAAAGCCAUGCAGCUCAAUCAAGGAAAGUUCCGUCAGAAUGGACGCUGUGGCUAUGUGCUGAGGCCAGAGUGUAUGUUUAAUGAGAACUUUGAUCCAUAUGAUCCAAAAACUCUGACUGGAGUUGAUAAAUUGACCAUUAGUCUUCGAGUUAUUGGUGCCCGACACUUGAGUCGCACAGGCCGUGGCAGAGGCAUUGUCUCUCCCUUCGUCGAAGUGGAGCUUGUUGGAGCAGAGUUUGAUUCUGGAUUUAAGCUUAUUACUAAUUCGAUAUCGGAUAAUGGUUUCAAUCCUUUCUGGAUGCAGUUUUGUGAAUUUGAAGUUGCAAAUCCUCAUUUUGCACUUCUGAGAUUUGUAGUGCAAGAUGAAGACAUGUUUGCAGAAUCAAAUUUCAUUGGUCAAGCUACUUAUCCAGUCCUGUGUCUACGAACAGGUUAUCGCAGUGUUCCUUUGAAAAAUGGCUUUAGUGAAGAUAUGAAAUUGGCUUCUUUAUUGGUUUAUAUAACAAUCAAGAAGGCAACGGAAACUGUCAAUGGACCUAAAACUCCUGUUUCUCCGCAAGCAUCUUUGAGCACGCCAGCUCCUGACAAUUCUUUGUAGUGUCACAUAUCAGAACUGAGCAUUGCUAAACAGUUAUCAGCUCUGCGGGUUGCAGCCUUGAUUUAUCUUCGGUUCUGUCAUUUAACAGAGCUGGGCAACAGUCUCCCUAGAUGACAGAGUGGAAGAUUUUGUGAAACAAGGGUCAGGGCAGCUGCUUUGUGCCAAAUUUGUUUUAUAGAACUUAUGUUUUAAGUAUAACUGCACUUUUAUGUGCAUUUUGUAGUCUUUUCAGUUCUAUUUGCACAUCUGGAAUUAUGAAGGUGGUGUAAUGUGGUAUUUUUCUCCGAAAUUAUUUUAUCUGUCAGUUUUGUUUUGUUGAAUUUUUCUGAAGUGUUAAUUCUGAAAUAAUUAGUUAAAUUUGAUAAAACAACAAAAAGAAAGAACGUUUGUAACAUAUCAGCCUUAAGGGCUAUUUAAAUGAUAAAAAUGGUCGAUUCUGUUGCAUGCAUUGGUGGUUUAACCAUCUGGUUGUUAACUUAGAUUUAAUCAUGUGUUCUCUGAUUAGUGCAGUGUUUUACCGACUAGUUCUGUCUGAGUAUUCGUAUCAUUUUAAGGUUGCAUAUUUCAUAGGAAAAACCAUACAUAAAUAUUGAAAGUAUAAUUGCGGGAACAUUGUGAAUUUGAAUGGGCUUUUAAAAUAGUUCAUUGGAUGCAAAAAUAAAAAAAAAAGAAAGAAAGUAAAAAUAUUAAUGACAAGUAGAUAUAGUCUUCUCAAGAUCAAGAAAAUUGCCCUUAAAGGUUGACGAUACUUUUCACUUACCUGAUGCUUUUUUCUUGUUAUUUUUUAAAAAUAUUUUCUCCACAUUUGUUUCAAAAAUGAAAUGUUUUUUUCAAUUGAAGAACUGAGUUCAGCGGUUAUAGGGCUUGCUAUGUUAAGAGGUCAAUGGUUUCUAGCUCUAUGAGCAAGGUUUUAGAUAUGAGAAUUUUUACUGUCUGCUAUUCAGUGAGCAUAGAUAAGGAGUUGCUGUUUUUUUAAAUCUAGACAAGGGAUUAAAUUAUGGUACCAUAAACCUCUCAACUGCUUUGGGCAUGUUAAACAUACAAGAGAACAACUAUAAUAAUAUUUUCCAGUAGAGAUGCAUUAUUGAAAAUAAUUGGUUUCUUUCUUAAUUAUUGCUGCCACAUUGUUUCCUAUGAAAUAAAUAUUUGGAAUAGAGAAUGAUGUUUCAGGUCAUUAAUUAAUUUAAUUAUCAAGCAAGCAAUUGAAGCGAUUGUUUUACAUUUCUGUUUGUUUGUGUGUAAGGGUUAGUGAUUGAUCUGCCACUGAGUAGCACAGGGGAAAUCAAAAUUAAGAUGGGAAUCUUCAAAGAAAGAUGGGGAGAGUACUGUUCAUAUCACUUUUUAUUUUUAAUCAGUCGUGUACUAAGUAUUAUCAUGAUUAGUAUUUUAGAAAGCCUUUGUUUCUUAGUUCUGGGAAAAUUUACAGAUGUACAUGUGUAGGUAGGUUUAUGUGUGAGGAAAAUGAUAAACAAUGUAGUUACCUUUAUUAAAAUGAAGUAAUAUCAAUAUAUAAGGUUAGAAUUGAUAAGUAAAAUUUUAUUUUAAGAAAAUGAAAGAAGAAAAUUUGAUUGUGUAGGUAAUUUAUAAAGGAAGAACCAUGUCAUGCCUUUCUAAAUAAGCCUUUCCACACUCUAUUGUGGUGCUUUGUCCGGGAUUUGUUCUCAAAUCGAAUUACAAAAGACAGUCAUAAUGAAGAUAUUUAUUUUGUUAAAAAUAUGUAUUAUAAAGUGUUAACAGUUAAAAAUAAUUUUUAAGGAAGUGCAAUGUUAAAAUCAAGAGUGCAGAGCGUUCUGAAGGACUCCAGUUCUCCGCUAUGGUUCAUGUGUUUUAUGCUAUGAGUUUGUGCAUAGAAUUGUGGAUUCGUAAUUUGUGUGUUCAAGAGGAAUUAAGCUCACCUGAAUCAUGUAAACCUUUUUUGUGAACAAUUGUGAACUCAAGUAUUUAAAAUGAAUGGAAUCCAUGUCUAUUUGUAACCUUGUCGUGUAAUAUGGAUUAAAUUCACAUUAAGGGGGCUAUGUACAACAGCAUGUAAGACUGAAACAGACUUGGGCUAGUCAGCAAGCCUUCAUAGUAUGUUUGUUCACCUCCUUUGCUCAUGUUGCCAUGGGAAGGAUGAAAAUUCUCUGAACAGUAGCACAUCCUGAAGGUCUGUUAAAAUGUGCUGGUAGCUAUAUAAGUCCUUAAUGAGAGGUAUUUUUUUAUCAGCUGCAAAUGGCAGUGUGAAUAGCAUAAUCAUUCUUUAGAAUAAAUGAAAAUAUGUAGUCCACAGGUUCAGUGCAAAAUGUCUUCUGCACAAAAAUGGUUGAGACUUCAUUUUCUUUUUCAAAUGUUUGGUUGACUACCAUAAGACUCAGUCUUUCCAUUUUGACCUCAACUUCAAAUAUGUUUUGACUGAGAUUAUUAUUAGUCUGAGCUAAUUAGCUAUUACAAUUUUUUUUUCAGAAUGUGAUGUUUUCAUAAGCCAUUAAUUUCCUGGUUUAGUAUCAAGCAUGAAUUUUGGUAAUGUCAAUUUGUGUUAGGGUACUUCAAAAUACUAUUAUUAGGCAAACAAAGUCCUUUAUUUACGAAAAUAAUGCAAAUUAAAACUGAUUUUAAAAUGUUUUUUGUUCAUUUUUAAGUCUGUCUUUCUUCAGAACUGUUUAAUGUGAAAUGUAUUAGUGAAUUUGAGUUCAAUUGUAGAAGAACAUUGUUGAAAUCCUUUGAAAGUUUCCUCCCUUUUUCUGGACAAUCAAUUUGAUUAAGAUUCAAAUUUGUAACUCUGCUCUAGAAUGUCUUGAUUGUAGUAAUGACUGAUGUCAUGAUUUACUUUUGCCUUCCAUGUUGCACUCACUUGAAGAUCUCACUUAAGACCUGUUCUUUGAAUCUGGUAUUCUGGAAUAGACAUUUAGAACCAAGUGUGAUAAAAAAUUGUUAGAAAAGAGUGUAUUUUUUUAAUUUAGUAUGAUGACACUCUUGACAGUGGAAAAAAUACAGAUUUUACUAUUAAAAUACAGACAAAACUAUGCAGAUGUGAAAUUAGAAAAGUUUACAAAUAAAUUAAUUAUCAAAAGCACAAGCUACAAAAACAUGAACAAUGUAAGUUCUCCCUGUCUUGAUGUUUGCCAGUUUGUAUACCAUUAAAGACAAAGUGAUUUUUAAUUAUUUAUCGUCCUAAAAUCUUAAAGUAAAAUUCAUGCCUAGGGACAACUAAAAUGGUAUUAAGGUUUGUCACAUAGAAGGAGAAGAAGAAUUGAGAUAUAAUAGUCAAAUGAGAAUGGUAUAUAUUUGGUGUCUUGAAUAUUGAACUGUUCUUUAUUGCCACUGUUUUUCUGUUUCAAUUGAGUUCAAAAAAUGUACUUGUGUUUUGUUCCUAAUACUUUUGCAUCUAAAAAGCUCUAAAAAUAUUUUGAACAUCUACCAAAUAUAUUUCUUUUAAACAAUAUUUGUGUCAAAUGUGUUAAUUCUUUUCAUGAAGCUUACAUGUUUUUAUUGCAAUAGUUAUUUACACAAAGUCUCUCUUAAAUGACGUGUACCCUUUGUUCAGGUGCUCUGAUAUAAAUUAAUUUAUGGAAAUGAGUUUAUAUUCCGGUAUUAUAUUAUUUAUUUAUAAAAUUGCAAGUGUAUUACAAAACAUAAAAAUAUGUGCAUUAACAAUAGAUUUUUGUUAAAAUCAAAUGCAUUUUAUAAAAGGAGAAAAGUAGAGCUACAACCAUUGUGUCACCUAUUAUUUGUCUUUAAUUUUGAACUUUUCUCUGUUAUUCAGACUUUUCUGAGUGCUCUCUUAUAACUUAACUGGCCUGUGGACAGUAUUUUUGUAAGCCUUUGUGAUGUGGCCUGUGUGUAGGCUGAAGUUCAGUCAUUGCUGGCUUUUCUAGUCUCUUUCUUCCACCUCUGUUCUGCAGUCAUUUCCAGAACAAUAGAAUCUCCAUGUUGUAUGGAAGACAGUUCUUCCAGUGACUGUUUGUUUUUGUGCCGAUGUUGCCUUACUGGGUUUUCUUCCUUUGCAUGUAUGUGUACAAAUGAAUGAAUGUUAAAUACUGCUGUUGUGUAAGGAAAUUCUAUGAAAGUUCUUCUCUUCUUGACAGUCACUCCAGUGGAAUCAUUUACACAAAAUUUGUUUGAUAAGAAAAGGUGAAUGGAUAUAUUAGAGAGAAAGGGCCAAAUAGUUUGUGCUGUGGAUGCAACCUUGUUCUUCAGUAUUGGAUUGUUCUCUUGAACUUCAAUGUUUUGUAUGAAGUCGAACAAAGGUUCUGGAGAAUUCCAUAUGUACAACUACCCAAAAUACAAUAAAUGAAACAUUGUUCUAUGAUCAUAAAGAUAUAUAUUGUUGUAGAGAUUUUAGCAUUUGUAUAGUUAUUGGAAUUGUUUACCAGUGGCCUUGCAUUUUUAUUGCAUUUAAUGCAUGUACGGAAUGAAUGUAAGUUAUAUAUUAUCAUGUAUGUUGGUGUUUGUUUCUUGUUCAAAAAGGGAAAUUUAAACAUUUGUUAAAUUUAUUGGCCACAGAUUAGGAAGUAUGUCUUAAAAUUUUACGUUAUAUGUAUGCUUGAUGAUGGUGAUGAAAUUUUUGGUCUAAAUAUACCAAGAUAAUAUUGUGAGAAAUAUAUCUGUUUUUUUAUUUACCAUUUAAAUUUGUUUU